AUGGCAACUACUACCACCGCUGGGUCGCGAGACUCUUCGCAGCCUCCUAUCUCCAACGACGAGGCUCUCCGUCGCCUUGGUAUGAAGGGCGGCGACUCUUCAUCCAAGCCCGCCUCGUCCUCGAAAGGCGGCUACAAGAUGGCUCCAGGUGCCCUCACUCCUGCUUUCGGUCUCGGCGACUAUGCGCGCUUCUUCGCUUCGGGUGCUCUCUGCGCUACAAUCACUCACGGUGCCAUGACCCCCAUCGAUGUGGUCAAGACGCGAAUUCAACUCGAGCCAAAGGGCUCCAAAGAGACCAUGGUGUCCAUGGGUCGCAAGAUCAUCUCGUCCGAAGGUCCUGCAGGUCUCUUGACCGGCUUUGGUCCUACUGCUGUCGGCUACCUCAUCCAAGGUGGUGCGAAGUUUGCCGGUUACGAGUUCUUCAAGAAGAAGGGUGUCGAUUGGGCUGGUAGCGACGAGGCCGCUUCGCAAUAUCGUCAGGUCAUCUACCUCGGUGGUGCCUCUGCUGCUGAAGUGAUUGCGACCACACUUCUCACACCGCUGGAAGCUGCCCGCAUUCGUCUCGUCUCGGAACGUGGCUACGCAAAGGGUCUGGUCGGUGCCAUUACUCGCAUGGCUGGUGAGGAAGGUCUCGCUGGCUUCUAUGCAGGAUACGCUCCCAUCCUCUGCAAGCAGGUCCCUUACGCCAUCGGCCAGUUCGUCACCAACGAGUGGGCUCACACCAUGGUCGACUCCACCAUCUCGAAAGAGGAGCGCGAAAAGUACGGCAAGGCGGGCGAGGUCACCAUCCAGCUCGGUUGCGGUAUGGUAGCCGGUGUGGCUGCUGCUGUGCUCUCUCACCCUGCUGACACUCUACUCAGCAAGAUCAACAAGGGCGGAGGAGGAAAGGGCAGCGCCAUGACCAAGCUCGUUCGUCUGGCCGGCGAGACGGGACCCGUCGGUAUCUGGGCCGGUCUGGGUACCAGGGUGCUGAUGACCGCCUUCCUCGUCUCAGGACAGUUCUUGCUGUACGCACAGAUCGGCCAGAUGAUUGGCAAACCUCCUGGUAUCGAAAUCCGUUCCGAGACCGAGAAGCAGCAGUAG